UCAUCAGGCAGCCAUUAUACUUCAUACUUCAUUUUUGAUUUUACAGAUUUUAUUAAAAUGAACACAACAAAGGUAAACAAAAAUAAAUCUCACCCUCAACCCAGCAAAAUCGAAAACGAAAAGGUACGUAAAAAGAAAGCAAAACGAAAACGCAAAAAUAGCUUCAAAAGUUGUCGUAAAGAAACCAAGAAUAAUCAAUUUUCCAUGGCAAUGUCUACAUGGGCUCAGAAUUUCACAAUGGCAUCAAAUUGGCAAAUGAAACAUGAACUUGCCUUUUGGAAAGCCAGAGCAAAAACGUUAGAGUACGAAAAUGGAUUAUUACAUGAUAUUAUUAAAAAGAAUUACCUAAAAACAUCGGAAGUUCUUAUAGAAAAUGACCAGGACAAUGAGAGUGAAAAUCAACAGGACAAAGGCCAACAUAAUAACAUUGAUGGUGCCCAAUGUUAUAAGGACAACGUUAAAGAUGAUGACGAUGAUUGUAUGGAGGAUGAUAAUGAUGAAUUUGUAGUCAGUGAAGAGUUUAUUGAGUUUGUAAGAGCAAAUGCAAAGUUUAAAGAGGAUGCUAGGCUGGAACGCGAAAGGUUAAAGAAACAACAAGACACAACUGAACAACAAGUAGAAGAAGAUAAUGUUAUGACCGAAGAUAAAUUAAAAGAGCUUUAUGGAGAGAAAUGGCAAAAAAUAUGUGCAUUAGAGAUGUCUCUAUUAACGGACCUUAUGAAUAAGAAAGAAAAGGCUACAUUUUGGCCCAAUAUACCUUUUAAUUUUAGCUAAGAAAUAUUAAAUAGAUAUGAAAAAGUUGUAGUAAAAAGUCACUGCCCAUUUCUUAUUACUUUUCUUCUUGGGUUGAAUGUAGAAGUAUACAUUUCUACUUUUUCUACCUAUGUAGAAACAUAUUAGUACAAUUGAAAAAAUCACCCUCAUACACUAAUAAUUGUUUAUUAUGUAUUUGACAGGUUAUCAAUUAUUUAAAAUCUAACCACUUUUGAUAUAAUAAAUAUUUUAUUGUGAUUGUCUAAUUUAUUUGUUUGAUGGUAAAGAUUUUAUUAUAAAGAAAAUAAUUUAACUUACAUGGUAAUGAACCAGUUACAACUUAAAAUAUGUGUUUGCAAAGUGUUAAUACAAUUGUCAUAUUAUUUCAAUAUUUUUGUUAUUAUUAAAAGCUAAUGAUAAA